AGAAGCCCCGCAAAUACACAAUACAUAAACAGGAGACGGAUAUCGAGCUAGCAAAUGAAGAUGUCCUUUGCGGCGAAUGACCAUUUAACCGGGGUGUAUGUUUCUUUUUGACAGUGAUAAUGAUUUCCGUAAACUACAUCCUGCUAUGUGGGCAAUUCCUUUUGUUAGUUACAGUAAUUAUUUUACAAUGUUUGGAAGGGAUCCAAUCCCAAAACUCUUCGACCACAGAUGUAGCUCCUGCUUCCCUUGGUCCUGGUUCGACAAUUGUUCCUUUCUCCGAGCAAACCCCAGAAACUGUCAAAUAUGAAGUACCACUGGAAAGUACGAAUUACACAGACGCCUUUGAGUACACGGGUCUCUCACCGGUCGUCCUCUGCAGUUAUUUGCCAGAGGAGUUCAUCUACUGUCAGGACCCUGUGGAUCAUGCUGGAAAUCAAAGCGCCUUUUUGGAAAUGGGUCAUGGGUGUGUAGUGUGGGGAGGACAGACGAAGAAAGAAGUGAACCACACACCAGUUGUCUGCACUGCACUUGAUGAGAUUGAAUGUGCCGGGCCCAGAGAAUUCCUGAGAGGGAAAGUACCCUGCAUCAAAUACACCGGACACUAUUUCAUCACCACUCUGCUGUACUCCUUCUUCCUUGGUUGUUUCGGGGUCGACCGUUUUUGCUUGGGCCACACAGGGACAGCGGUGGGGAAGCUGCUUACACUUGGAGGUUUAGGAAUCUGGUGGUUUGUGGACCUGAUCCUGCUCAUUACCGGUGGCUUGAUGCCGAGCGAUUAUAGCAACUGGUGCACUUACUACUGACCAGAAGAGCGAUGUCUGAAGUUGAACCUUCCUUGUGUCGGAUACUGCAUUUUCAGAGAACAGAAAUGGGAUUUCAGGCUGGUUCCAAACUACCCAGCCAAGAUCCAGUCAGGUUACCUGUGGGGACACAAAAAUACACCAUUCUACUACCUGAGCUUUUUUCAUGUGAAAAACACCCUGUCAUGUGUACACGUCAGUCAAAAAACAAGCAGACAAAGAGCACAAAUUUAAUCUCCACUUUCAAAGCAUUUCACUCUAAAAAUUUCCGUCAUAUUUGUGAAACUGACCCACAUGAGUCCACAUAAAAACUUUUAAGUGUGUAUUGAACAAUUUCAUGCAAUAUACAGUAUUCACUUUAUUCCCAACUCAAUUGAUGACGGCCUUCAAUUAUGUUGGUUGCAGCUAGAACAUUAAUUCUCAUUGCCGCAAGAUGCAUGGCAGUGGGUUUUUAAACUUCAGAUGGUAGUCAAAUGUUUCACCUUUAGGAAACAAAUAAUAUUGCUCUCAGAGAUGAAAUUCACAUCUGGAGCAACAUCCUUCAAGUAACACCAUUUUCAACUUCAAAUGAUUUAUUUUAGUUUUGAGACCGACAUUUGCUAGCCCGGGCAGAUUGCUUUGCCACGUUAUUUUCCUAAUGCUUUCAUAUAUACACAUAACGUGACUCCCUGCGGCAAGUACAACUGCUUGAGAAGAUGGAGGAAACGUGCCCCCCCACCCCCACUCCUUUUCUGUUUUUUUUUUUUUUUUUUUUUGGUGUUACAUAUUGGUGAUGACUGCAUUUUAAAUGCGAUGAUGUGUUAAAUAUGACCAAUCGGCAUCUCCAAAUCUGAAACAAUGGCCCUCAAUCGGAAAUGGGUGGAGUGCCCUCUGCUGGUCGGGGAUGCGAUCUUGCCCCAAGUGGAGGAGUUGAAGUAUCUUGGGGUCUUGUUCACAAAUGAGGGCCGGAGGGAGCAGAGAGAUCGACAGGCAAAUGCCGACUUUCGUGCUGAUGAACGAACUCAGCCAAAAGGCGAAGCUCUCAAUUUACCGGUUGAUCUACGUUCCAACCUUCAUUUUGGUCAUAAGCUAUGGGUCGUGACCGACAGAACAAUAUCCCGGCAACAAGCAGCCGAAAUGAGUUUCCUCCACAGGGUGUCUGGGCCCUCCCUUAGAGAUAAGGUGGGAAGCUCGGUCAUCCAGGAGGGGCUAGAGUCGAGCCGCUUCUCUUCCAUGUUGAGACGAGCCAAAUGAGGUGGCUCGGACAUGUCCCACCAGCAUCAGGCCCCAGGAACGACCCAGGAGAGACAAUGUCUCCCUGCUGGCCUGGGAACACCUUGGGAUCCCCCGGGAAGAACUGGAAGAAGUGGCUGGGGAGAGUGAAGUCUGGGCUUCCUUGCUAAAGCUGUUGCCCCCGCAACCCAACCUCGGAUAAGCGGCAGAAAAUGGAUUGAUGGAUGGAUGGAUGAAUGUGACCAUCUGAGUUCACGUAUUUUCAAAUAAUAAACCAAUCAAGUAUGGCUCUCUCAAUCCAUGUAUGUUUUCAUGGGACAUAUCUAUUAAAACCAUACAUGCCCUUUGUUGGAAACCAUGUUAUGAACCACCCAGAAACCAUUUUAAGAAACCGUAUAUUCUAUUAGUUUCACAGGACAGAAGUUUACAGGCCUCCACGUUGCUCCUAAAAUUUGAGACUACACGAGUAAAAUUUCCAUCUACUCGCACAUAUGCAAGCAGUAAAUCUACAGUAUAUAUUUUCCUUUUCCAUUUUUUGUUGCUGACAUUCUGCUAAACACCUUGGAUCAAAAGACUUGUAUCACCAAAACAAAGCUGGCAGAAACAGAAUGUUGUGAUGACGUAAGAAAAACAUGACUGCCACCUGCCACAGGCGGAAGACUACUCGGAAAAGCAUGAAUUAUGUUGCUAGCUUUGGCUGGCCCUGUCGACCACAGACUGAAAAAACAAAGGUAGUGAUGCAAAGUGAUGCUUUGUUGCCAGAUUGUGAUGUCCCACAAUAAACAACAGUUGCAAGAGA